AUGUCUGACGGCGCAGAGUCAUCUGCAAAGAAGAAGCAGAAGGUUGAAGACAAGAAGGUGCUCUUGAGGGAUGUCCCUGCUACGAAGUUCCUAGACAUGAUUCACCUCUUCGAUGGACCGAAGGUCGUUAUCACCGUCGAGGGACAGAACUUCAGUCUGCCAAAAGCCCUCUUGUGCUACCAUUCGCCAUUCUUCGAACGAGCUUUCAAUGGUGGUUUUAAGGAAGCAACGGAACAGAAGAUGUCGAUGACGAGCUGCUCCCUCGAAACGUUCAAGCUCUUGAUACAGUGGUUGUACACGUCGCACGUCGAGCUAGGUGACAUGGGAUCCAAAGAGGAUGAAGGUGUCACGAUUUCCACUGAGCCUGGCGAGGUUUCUAAUGAACACCCAAGCAGCCGACAGAUCACCAUCUUGCUAUCAUUCAUCAAGCUGGCUGACGAAAUCCAGCUACUGGGCUCCGUUGAUGAGAUUGUCGAGAUGAUGAAGAAAAAAAUCAUCGACACUCGAAGCUGCUUAACGACCCAGCAUAUUCGAAUGGCAGCCGAUCUUCCCAAAGGCCACGGAGUCAGGACUCUAUUCGCGCAGGCAUGUGUCAAAGAUUAUGCUCCAUACUUCUUCAGUAGCCGAUGGCACCGUGGGGGCUUAUGGUUUCGGGCCGAGUUGAACGAACUAGAUGGAUUUGCAGCAGACCUAAUGAGGGAGCUUGAUGUGGUUAUGGAAAUUCAUGGGAUAGGUUACUCUGGACGGAGUGCUAACCACACAUUCACAGACCCCCUCACGAAACAAACAGUGCCUUUGAAGUCCUUUAAAUGA